AUGUCUGAAGUUCAAGGAACGGUUGAGUUUUCUGUAGAGCUACAUAAAUUCUAUAAUGUGGAUCUCUUUCAGAGAGGGUAUUACCAGAUCCGAAUGACCUUGAAGGUGUCCUCCAGGAUCCCUCACAGACUGAGUGCUUCCAUCGUGGGACAGGCAGAGAGCAGCACUCUGCAUUCCGCCUGUGUCCAUGAGAGCACUGUGCACAGCCGGGUCUUCCAGAUCUUAUACAGGAAUGAAGAGGUGCCCAUAAAUGAUGCCAUGAUCUUUCGAGCUCAUUUGCUCCUUGACGGUGAAAGGGUGGAAGACGCGCUGAGCGGGGUGGAGUUUCAGCUCAAGGUGGACCUGCACUUUACGGAUAGUGAAGAGCAGUUAAGGGACGUGGCCGGGGCACCGAUGAUCAGCAGCCGCACGCUCGGCCUGCACUUCCACCCCAGGAGAGGUCUGCACCACCAGGUCCCUGUCAUGUUCGACUACUUCCACCUGUCAGUGAUCUCCGUCACCAUCCACGCUGCCCUGGUGGCUCUGCAGCAGCCCUUGAUCAGUUUUGCUCGCCCGGGAAGAGGAUCCUGGCUUGGUAAAGGCGGCCCAGACAUGGGGACAGAACAGUCCAUCAUUUCUCUGGAGAACUUGGUCUUUGGAGCUGGAUACUGCAAGCCGACUUCCUCAGAGGGAAGCUUCUAUGUCCCCUCAGAGAACUGCAUGCAGCAUGCCCACAAGUGGCACCGUGACCUGUGUCUCCUGCUCCUACAAGCCUACCGGGGCCUCCGCCUCUACUUCCUACUCAUCAUGAGGGACAUCCCAGAGCUGCCGCACAUGGAGCUGGAGGCCCUUGCUGUUGAAGAAACGCUCGCCCAGCUAUGCUCAGAGCUCCAGAUGCUGAACAAUCCAGAGAAGAUAGCUGAGCAGAUCAGUAAGGAUCUCGCCUGGCUGGCUUCCCACCUGAUGGCUCUGUGGACACAGUUCCUGGAUACGGUGACACUCCACUCCCAAGUGACUACUUAUCUCACCCAGGAGCACCACAGCCUGAGGGUCCGAAGGUUUUCUGAGGCCUUUUUUUAUAUGGAGCACCAAAAACUUGCUGUCUUGACGUUUCAGGAAAAUCUCAUACAGAUGCACAGCCAGCUGUCUCUGGACAUCCGGAACUCGGAGUACCUCACCAGCAUGCCCCCGCUGCCCGCAGAGUGCCUGGACAUCGAUGGUGACUGGAACACCCUGCCAGUCAUCUUUGAGGACAGAUAUGUGGACUGCCCUGCGACAGGACCCGAUUUGAGUGUUUAUCCUAAUUUCAAAGUUCCAACUGUAAGUCCCUCAAUGAUGAAUCUAAAAGAAAAAGAAGAGAACCAUGUUAUAAAUAGGAAAUCAUCUUUUAGGGGAGACUUUGUCUUAUCUACGAGGAUACCACCUCAAGUGGACACUAAUGAGGAGGUUACUAGGUGUCCAGGGCCAGACAAGAAUAUAACCACAGCAAAUCAUGUGGACGUGUGCUCCGAAUCUCAGGUGUACCUGACAAUCGGUGAAUUCCAGAACAAAGCAGGUGUGCCUGAAGAUGAGUGUGGGUCUGGCCAAAUGUCUGAUGUCAGAACCCAUCCACUGGCAGAUGUGGACAGCCCCAGGAGGAGUCCAGGCCCAGAGGAGGGACAGUCUACAGUGUUGACCUACAUUGAGGUAAAAUCCAGUAAUCAGAACCUCCACAAAGCUGAGCCCACGGAACUCUCUAGGGAGAGUAGAAGCCCUAGGGACAGUGACAGGACAGUAUCAAGUGAAGUGGUAGCGGGUGGAUAUCACCAAAAUGCCAUCUCUUCAGACAAAGCACCUAUCACCGAGUUAAGUACUUCAGGAAAGGGAACAGAGCCAGAGGGUCAGCCAGUGCUGCUGAGCCUGAGACUGGCCCCCACCGAGACCCCGCUAAGUGCUACUCUGACGGAGCCUUUGGAUCCUAGGUCUUCCUUCCAGGACCCUCCUGUGGAAGAGCAGGAGGAGCUGUCCACGCUGUCUGGGGCCAUCAAGCGGUCUUCUUCCCUCAUAUCUGACUCAGGCAUUGAGAGUGAGCCAAGCUCUGUUGCCUGGUCCGAGGCCCGAAGCAGGGCCGUGGAGUUAGCCAGCGAUCGGGAAGUCCUGCACCAGCUGGUUAGAAGACAUGCACUCCACAGGAACUCCCUGGAGGGCGGACACACAGAAAGCAACACCAGCUUGCCAAGUGGCAUCCAGGCCUCUCUCACCUCCAUCAGCUCUCUGCCUUUUGAAGAGGAGGAACGUGAGCUGGCACUCACCAAGCUGACCAAAUCUGCAUCUGCACCCCAAAUCAGCAGCCCAGAAGACGCAACUGAAGGUGCAGACACCAUGAAAAAAAAAGGAGACUUCCCUGAAGCUUCAGAAAUGCAGAAGAGCGAAGGUUCCCCUGAGCAUAGCUCUCAACCAAGUGGAAGGCCCAGAGCCCAGGGUGCCAGGGCAGCCCAGCCCUUUGGGGAAACAGUUUCACAUGCUGACAAACAUCAAGACCCUGGUUACAUGGACAUCCCCCAAGGUAAAGAGAGCCAGGUGGAGCCUCAAGGCCACUCUCGUCUGGAUGGCAGGACUGAGAACACUCCAGAUAGCGAAACCAAAGGUCUUAACUUAAAAAUACCACGUAUUAUAGCGCUUGAAAACCCCAGGACCCGGUCCUUGCAUAGAGCACUCAUGGAAACCCCCAAGGGCAGGCCUAAAGACUCGCAUGUGGGCAAGCACAUUCUCUCCAGCAGCAGUAUCUCAGAAGUCGGGGAAAUGUCCCACCACAAGGUGCCUGAGUUCAGCUGUCCCUCAGCUUCGGAUGCCACCACCCUGAAUCCCGAGCACAGUGGUGCGCCUGGCGCUGUGGGCCACGUGGUGUCGCCUAGAGAACCUGAUGCCUUCCUAGAGGACGAACACGAAGCAGGCACUGUGUGCCGCGCUCUGACUCCCCCCAUCCCUUCCCAAAUUCUGAGAAACCAAGAGCUGAGGACAGGCGCUUCCAUCAUGGGUCCGCCGCUGGCCUCGGCAGAGACCUUCUCUCUGGAGAGCCUCAAGACCGUGGAGGUGGUCAACUUGUCCGUGUCUUGCACUGCCACCUGUCUCCCUUUCUCAUCUGUGCCCAAGGAGACCCCUGCCAGGGCUGGGUUCUCUUCCAGACAGACCCCAGUUCCCAUCACGCAUCAGCCUCUGGGGUCCUUUGGAGUCGUUGCUACCCAUUCCAGCAAGUUGGAGGAAGACGUCAGUGAAAGGAUGUUCAGUUUUUAUCAGGCCAAAGAAAAAUUUAAAAAAGAACUGAAGAUUGAAGGAUUUCUGUACAGUGACUUAUCUGUACUAGCUUCUGAUAUACCAUAUUUCCCACCAGAGGAAGAGGAAGAAAACUUGGAAGAUGGGAUUCACCUGGUUGUCUGUGUCCAUGGCCUGGACGGGAACAGUGCAGACCUCCGGCUGGUAAAGACUUUCAUAGAGCUGGGGCUCCCUGGAGGGAAACUGGACUUCCUCAUGUCUGAAAAGAAUCAGACAGACACGUUUGCAGAUUUUGAUACCAUGACGGAUCGAUUACUGGAUGAAAUCAUUCAGCACAUUCAGUUGUACAACCUCUCCAUAUCCCGAAUUAGCUUCAUUGGCCAUUCUCUUGGCAACAUUAUCAUCCGAUCUGUCCUCACCCGGCCCCGGUUCCGGUAUUACCUCAACAAACUCCACACGUUCCUGUCACUGUCUGGGCCUCACCUGGGGACCUUGUACAACAACAGCACCCUGGUUAGUACAGGCUUGUGGCUCAUGCAGAAAUUAAAGAAAUCCGGGUCACUUCUGCAGCUGACCUUCAGGGAUAAUGCUGAUUUACGCAAAUGCUUCCUAUACCAACUAAGCCAAAAAACAGGGCUGCAGUAUUUUAAAAACGUUGUGCUGGUUGCUUCCCCCCAAGACCGCUACGUGCCAUUUCAUUCAGCCAGGAUUGAGAUGUGCAAAACCGCCCUCAAAGACAGACACACAGGGCCAGUUUAUGCGGAAAUGAUCAACAACCUUCUGGGCCCCCUGAUUGAAGCCAAGGACUGCACUUUAAUCCGGCACAACGUGUUCCACGCCCUGCCCAACACUGCCAACACCCUGAUCGGCCGAGCCGCUCACAUCGCGGUGCUGGAUUCGGAACUUUUCCUAGAGAAGUUUUUCUUGGUGGCAGGACUCAACUAUUUCAAGUAG